AUGAAUUCUCUUAAAAAAAGUUUAAGCAUAAAUAGCAGAAGAAGUUCAGCAAGUAGUGGAGUUUCAAUUAUAAGUGAAGCAUCUCCAAAAACUGAUUGGACGAGUAUUUAUGUAGGUGCUGCAUUUGCUUUUAUUGGAUCUGUACAAUUUAAUAUAUUUUUUGCUUCACUUUUACCAUAUUUAGAAAAAAAUGAUCCUAAAGGUGACCAAACAUUUUUUGGUUAUAUUGUUGCAGCAUAUUCAUUAGGUCAACUUAUAGCUUCACCACUUGUUGGAUAUUGGAGUAAUAAAAUUAAACAAAUAAAAAUUCCAGUACAAACAGGAUUAACAUUUAUGUUAUUGGGAAAUAUAUUUCACAUCUGUUUAGUACUUUUUCCAUCAAAUUCACGUCGUUGGAUAAUGAUGUUAGGAAGAUUUUUAACAGGUGUUGGAUCUAGUAAUACAUUACUCUUAAAAGCUUAUGCUACAUCUGCUUCAACAACAAAGGAUAGAUCUCAAGCUAUAGCAUACAUAACUGGUGGUAUGGCUAUUGGUACAACAAUGGGUCCUGCUUUUCAAGCAAUGUUUUCAGGAUUAUCAUAUCCUGGUUUAAGAAUUUUUUCUAAUGUAUAUUUUAAUAUAUAUACAGCACCAGCAUUUUUAGCUUGUCUUAUUAAUAUAUUAGGUAUGAUUGUAUUAUAUUUCUUUUUUCAUGAAUCAUAUGCUGGUGUUAUUGAUGAUCAAAAAAAUAACUCAAAAAGAGAUAAUACUAAAUUACCACCUUUUGAUAUGUUAGCCGUUAUAAUAAUGAAUUUUACACGUUUUACACAGAUGUUUGUUCAAACUAAUAUGGAAACAGUUUCUACAUCCUUUUCACAAAUUAUGUUUUUUUGGACAGCAACAGAAGCUGUAAAGUAUGGUUCAAUAGCUCAAGGUGUAUUAGGAGCUUUCUCAUUUAUUGUAUAUUUUCUUUAUAUAUCUUUGAAAUUGAAUCGUUAUAUGAAAUUUAGAAUAGCUUUACAAAUAUCAAUGGUUGCAUUAUUUAUAUUUCAUCUUCUUACAUUUGCUUGGCCAUUUUUACCAGAAUCAAUUCAUACAUAUAAUGUUACAGAUGAAAUAAUUGCUUCAAAAGAUGAAUUACCAGGUUGUAAUAUAAAUAAAUAUAGUUGGUGUCCAAAUGUAAAAGCAGUCAAUCAAUGGGUAUAUAUUAUUUCUUAUCCAGUGAUUAUUGGUAUUGCUUUUCCUAUAAUAAAUGUUGCUAUGAAUACAUUAUAUUCAAUGAUAAUUGGACCACGAAGACAAGGUACAAUGCAAGGUGUAAUGCAAGUAUCUGGAGCAGUUAGUAGAAUUAUUGGUCCUGUUACAGUAGGAACAUUAUAUCAAUCUUCCGGACCUUAUUAUGCUUGGGGAAUUGAAUUUAUUGUUAUAUUUUUAAAUCUCCUUCUUUUAAUGAUAUUUCAUAAAAGAUUAAUACCACUUCAAAUUCCUAAUGAUACCAAGGGAAUUGUUAAUAAAACAUUGGAAGAUGGUGAUGCAUCCGGUGAUGAAGGUGGUAAUUCAUUACAAAGAGUUAGUGAUAUACGACAAGAACCUAUUACCGGUACAAAAUAA